AGUCUGGCGACAUAGCAGCUUCAGUCUCUCAAAACGUCUUGGAGAAGGAAGGCAUUUAUUGACGGUACACAAAAGUAACUGCAAACUUACAAAGAUGUGUGACGAGGAAGUGGCCGCCUUAGUAAUUGAUAAUGGUUCUGGUAUGUGUAAAGCCGGAUUUGCAGGGGAUGAUGCUCCGAGGGCCGUUUUUCCAUCUAUUGUUGGCCGACCAAGACACCAGGGUGUCAUGGUUGGUAUGGGACAAAAAGACAGCUAUGUUGGUGAUGAAGCCCAGAGCAAGAGAGGUAUCCUAACCCUAAAAUACCCCAUUGAACACGGUAUUGUCACCAACUGGGAUGAUAUGGAGAAGAUCUGGCAUCAUACUUUCUACAAUGAACUUCGUGUUGCCCCCGAAGAACACCCAGUACUUCUUACAGAAGCCCCACUUAAUCCAAAGGCCAACCGAGAAAAGAUGACCCAGAUCAUGUUCGAGACCUUUAAUACUCCUGCCAUGUAUGUCGCUAUCCAGGCUGUUUUGUCUCUUUAUGCCUCUGGUCGUACCACUGGUAUUGUGAUGGACUCUGGUGAUGGUGUAUCACACACUGUGCCUAUCUAUGAAGGAUACGCCCUUCCCCAUGCCAUCUUGAGAUUGGAUUUGGCUGGUAGAGAUUUAACCGAUUAUUUGAUGAAGAUCCUUACUGAGCGUGGUUACUCCUUCACCACAACGGCCGAGAGAGAAAUUGUUAGAGACAUUAAAGAAAAAUUAUGCUAUGUAGCUUUGGACUUUGAGCAAGAAAUGCAGACUGCUGCUUCAUCAAGUUCAUUGGAGAAGAGCUACGAACUCCCAGACGGUCAGGUAAUCACCAUUGGUAAUGAGAGAUUUCGUUGUCCAGAGGCCAUGUUCCAGCCAUCUUUCCUUGGUAUGGAAUCUGCCGGUAUCCAUGAAACUACAUACAACAGUAUUAUGAAAUGUGAUGUUGAUAUCCCCAUGUAUGUCGCUAUCCAGGCUGUAUUGUCUCUAUAUGCCUCUGGUCGUACCACAGGUAUUGUGAUGGACUCUGGUGAUGGUGUAUCACACACUGUGCCUAUCUAUGAAGGAUACGCCCUUCCCCAUGCCAUCUUGAGAUUGGAUUUGGCUGGUAGAGAUUUAACCGAUUAUUUGAUGAAGAUCCUUACUGAGCGUGGUUACUCCUUCACCACAACGGCUGAGAGAGAAAUUGUUAGAGACAUUAAAGAAAAAUUAUGCUAUGUAGCUUUGGACUUUGAGCAAGAAAUGCAGACUGCUGCUUCAUCAAGUUCAUUGGAGAAGAGCUACGAACUCCCAGACGGUCAAGUAAUCACCAUUGGUAAUGAGAGAUUCCGUUGUCCAGAGGCCAUGUUCCAGCCAUCUUUCCUUGGUAUGGAAUCUGCCGGUAUCCAUGAAACUACAUACAACAGUAUUAUGAAAUGUGAUGUUGAUAUCCGUAAAGACUUGUAUGCUAACACAGUAUUAUCUGGUGGUUCAACUAUGUACCCAGGUAUUGCCGACAGAAUGCAGAAGGAAAUCACCGCACUUGCGCCAUCCACCAUGAAAAUAAAAAUUAUUGCUCCACCAGAGAGAAAAUACUCUGUAUGGAUCGGUGGUUCUAUCCUUGCUUCACUGUCCACCUUCCAACAGAUGUGGAUCAGCAAACAGGAAUAUGAUGAAUCUGGACCAUCCAUUGUACACAGGAAGUGCUUCUAAACUGGACAAUCGUGAUGUUAACUUUCCAUCAAGUCGCAUGUAUUUGUGUUCACUAUUUGUCCUCAUUCAAAUCGAAUUGAACUGCAUAGUAUGUAUUCAUUUGUGAUUCUUUAUAUUGUUAUACAUGAACAAUGAGUAUUUCUCAGUGGGUCGAAUCGUGAUCUGUAUUUUAUAGGUUAUUUUUCUAUUUAAAAAAAAAGAGAAAAUCCAUGUAAUAAAAAUUGUAAAACUAGCAA